UUGAUCAUGAUGACUAACUUGGAUCAGCCAAUAAGUCAAUAGAGACAGAAAGGUAAAAUAAUAGUAAUUAUAUUUAGGUGUAUGCUUUGAUUGCAAGUUUGGUUGAUGAUUACAUCUCCAUCCAUCCACUGCUACAAUUAUGCAGAGCCUCACGCUGUCCACUUUCAACAAAAAAGCAUUGUCUAUAAACACUAUCAUUAGAUUUAGCACUAUAGAAUAGUUGCUCCCUAAUGCAAGCAAAUAUCAUCUCUACCACCAUAACUAUGACUUAAGAAAUACUGCCAAUUUAUUCUUCACAAACAAAAAUGUUAUACAGAGCUACUAGCAGCAUCACUAGUAGGUUAUCUGAUCAUAAAAUGAGUGCAAGUGUGCCGGUUGAGGUAGGCACAAGGGGAACUGUAGGAUCACUUUUGAAGAAGGAGAUUGAGUAUUUCAGAAGACUCGAGCCGGAUUGUAGAGGAAGUUCUAAUAACAAAUCCCAGAAGAGUACAGUGGAAAUAAAUUCGGGUGGUAGCAGUUCUUGGCCUACUUUCGGGUUCUUGACAAUGAAAUGGAGAAAGAAGAAGAGAAGAGGCACUGGUGGUGGAUUACCUGCAAUGUGUUCUAUGGUUGAAGUUUCUGAGAGCUGUAGGAUGAAUGAAAUCCCAGGCUUCAGUUAUAGAAAUCUUAAGGUUGAUUCUAAGAGAUUUGAGGAAGAAGUAACACUCUCAUAGAAGCUUUUGAAUUUUGCAGAGCCUAAAUUCUGCCUUGUUCUUUAGCCAAAAAUCUUGUGUUCUGAUUGCUUGCAAGGCCUAAAGAAAGAUUGUGUUAAUAUCUGUUAACAUUUUUUGUUUCUUGUCGAAAGUGAGCAAGAAAUGCAACAUAAAACAUGUUUUGUGCAGACCAAAAGAGACUGGAAGAAAUUUGCACCUCUCCCUGGAUCAAGAAGAGGAACUUGAACAUAGUUGAAAAGUCAUAUUUGAUGAUUGUAUAUGAGGUGAACAUUCUCAUAUUUUAGCCUGCAGCGGAACGAACGUUCUUGUUGUUCAUAUA